AUGGGCCUCAUCACGAAUAUCUUCUACUACUCGUUUCACCCCGGUGAGCUGCGGUCGAUCCUGCAAUGGAAAGUCUGGCACAAUCCCGUCCAUGAACGCGACGAGAAGAAUGAGACCGAGACCCAGAAGGCCUGCUUCAAAUUCCUGGACUUGACCAGCCGAAGUUUCAGCGCGGUGAUCAAGGAACUCCACCCCGAGCUUCUCUUGCCCGUGUGUGUUUUCUACCUGACCCUGCGUGGGUUGGACACCAUCGAGGAUGACACCUCGAUCCCCUUAGAGACGAAGGAGCCGUUGCUGCGCGGGUUCAAGGACCUCCUGGAACAGGACGGGUGGACGUUCACUGGCAAUCGGCCCGAGGAGAAAGACCGCGAACUGCUGGUUCAGUUCCACAAUGUCAUCACCGAGUACAAGAACAUGAAGCCCGCCUACCAGGCCAUCGUCAAGGACAUCACUGACAAGAUGGGCAACGGCAUGGCUGACUACUGUCGCAAGGCCGAGACGGACGACGCCAGCGUCAAGACCACCGUGGAGUACGACCUGUACUGCUACUACGUGGCGGGACUUGUCGGCGAGGGUCUGACGCGGCUGUUUGUCGAGGCGGAGUUCGGUAACGCGGCUCUGCUGAAGCGUCCACGUCUGCACAAGUCGAUGGGUCUCUUCCUGCAGAAGACCAACAUCAUCCGUGACGUGCGGGAGGACAACGAUGACGGUCGACGUUUCUGGCCCAAGGAAGUGUGGUCCAAGUACGUCACCGACUUCGAUGACCUGUUCAAGCCUGAGAACCGCGAGCUUGCUCUGAACUGCAGCUCGGACAUGGUCCUGAAUGCCCUGGAGCAUGUCGAGGACUGCCUGUUCUAUCUGGCGGGACUGCGCGAGCAGAGUGUGUUCAACUUUGCCGCCAUUCCCCAGGCCAUGGCCAUUGCCACUCUGGAACUGUGCUUCCGCAACCCGGCGAUCUUCGAGCGUAAUGUCAAGAUCACCAAGGGCGACGCGUGCGCGUUGAUGACCGAGUCGACGCAGAACCUGCGCAUUCUGUGCGGGAUCUUCCGUCGGUAUGCGCGUCGCAUCCACAAGAAGAACACCCCUAAGGACCCGAACUUCCUGAAGAUCAGUCUUGUCUGCGGACGGAUUGAAAAAUUCAUCGAGACUAUCUUCCCCUCGCAGAGCGCCGAGGAUGCCCAGCGCAAGGUGACGGGCGAGAAGACGGAGGAGGAGCAGAAGAAGGCGCAACAAGAUGCUGAAACACGCGAAGACGUCUUCUUCAUGAUGAUGCUGAUGGGUGUGAUUGUGCUGGUGGUUUCUCUUCUGAUGAUUGGCACGGCCUGGUACCUGGGAGCUCGCUUCGAUCUUGCCUGGCAGGAGCUGCGAUCCGGCAACUUCAAGCCCCCGAGGGAAGUGCGCCGGGAGCUCUGA